UUUUGUUUUGAAGAAGAGAGAUACAGAGCGAUAGAGAGAGAGAGAAAAAGAGAGCUUUUCUUUCUUUACCUAAAUCGGGAAAUUUUAAAGAGUGUUUAAACGUAUCAGAUUUGAUACUCGGGAGAUUUUUACGAAAUCGAUUAUUAGAUACAGAGGUUUACACUUUCUUGAUUUAACCAAAUGCCAGCUUUAGGCGAGAUAAUCUCGGUUCCAGAAACUGAUAGAGGAAAGAGUAAAGACAUUAUUACUGAGAACUCAGAUGAUGAGAAGCUCCCAAGAGCUCGUUCUAGAUCAUUGAAGAAGAAAGCUAUCAAAGCUUCGACGAAACUGACACAUAGUUUGAGGAAACGAGGGAAACGUGUAGCUGAUCAGUACGCAGCGAUUGUGAUCGAGGAUGUGAGAGAUGCAGAAGAGGAGAAAGCAGUGAAUAUGUUUAGAAAAGCUCUUGUUUCUCUAGAUUUGCUUCCAUUUUGGCACGAUGAUUAUCACACAAUGUUGAGAUUCUUGAAAGCGAGGAGAUUUGAUAUUGACAAAGCUGUUCAUAUGUGGGAAGAGAUGCUAAAGUGGAGGAAAGAGAAUGGAGUUGAUACCAUAAUGCAGGAUUUUGUUUAUGAUGAGUACGAACAAGUACAACAAUACUAUCCACAUGGUUACCAUGGUGUAGACAGAGAAGGCCGGCCUGUCUACAUUGAACGGCUUGGUAAAAUUGACCCUUGCAAGCUAAUGAAGGUUACCACAUUGGAGCGUUUCUUGAGAUAUCAUGUACAGGGUUUUGAAAAGACUUUCUCUGAGAAGUUUCCGGCUUGUUCGAUCGCAGCAAAGAGGCAUAUAAAUUCUUCGACAACCAUAAUAGAUGUGCAUGGAGUGAGCUGGAUGAGCUUUAGAAAACUAGCUCAGGACCUUGUAAUGCGCAUGCAGAAAAUCGAUGGUGACAAUUAUCCUGAGACAUUGAAUCAGAUGUACAUCGUUAAUGCUGGGAGCGGAUUCAAGCUUGUUUGGAACACAGUGAAAGGGUUUCUCGACCCUAAAACUACUUCUAAGAUACAUGUUUUGGGAAACAAAUAUCGUAGUCACCUUCUUGAGAUUAUAGAUCCAAGUGAGCUUCCCGAUUUUCUGGGAGGAAACUGUUCGUGUCCAAAUGAGGGUGGAUGUAUGCGAUUUAACAAGGGGCCUUGGAAUGACCCGGAGAUAAUGAAACUAGUUCGCUCGAGAGAUGCAACGUACAAAACAAAAGAAAUAGAUCUCCCGGAGAAUGGGGAAGUAGCUAAAUUAUUUGCCUUACGGCAGCAUGUGAACACAGAAAUAUCAUCACCUGAUGGAAGACAAGUUAGGGAGAGCGAAUCACAUCUUGAACAUGACAAACGUGCACAGUUGAGAAAUCAAGCUGAAGCAGUUGGUAUUGGGAGAGUUGUACAGUCUGAUUCAACAAAUCAAUUACAUAGUACUCUGACGGAAGAAAGGAGUUUGAAGAAGUCACUUCAGAAAGUUGCAAGUUCGUUGGCUCGUUUUAUCUUCCAGCUACUUGCGUGUCUAUGUCUCAUGUUCCGGAUCUUGGGAAGACUUGUAAAUAAGCAACCAGAGAACCAAUUGAGACCAGAAGAGUUAACGGUUUCCGUCUCCCAGCAACAUGUUCCUCCCACUCCUCCUCACGUGCAAGGAAGAGAGUCUCUCCAUCCAUGUUGGCUGAGGUUGCAAAAUCUGGAAACCAUGGUCACAGUUUUGUUUGAUAAACCAAGAAACAUUCCUCAAGAGAAAGAAGAUAUACUUCGUGAUUCAUUAGACCGCAUCAAAUCCAUUGAGCACGAUUUACAGAAGACAAAGAAGGCGCUCCUUUUGACGGCGUCAAAACAAAUUGAACUCGCUGAAUCUUUGGAGAGCUUGAAGGAGAGCAGCUCAACGGGAAUGCGAUCUUGCUGGCCAAGACACUGCAGAAAUUUUCAAGUUGAAUAAGUAUAUCUUUGAAUCUCAUAUAUGAAGUCUGCCUAAGCUUACUACCUCACCUUCCAACCAUAUUACAGAUGGUUGAAAGGCAAAAUGGUAAAAGUGAAAUUGAAGAGAGAGAGCUUACUAUUGUACCGGUUUUCUUAGGGUAGGAAACAGUGGAAUUAGUGACAUAUAUUUGGGAUUUUUCAUAUUCCAUAACGAUUUUAUUGCACAUCAUUGUUAUAUAGUGUAAAUCCAUUAGUGGUGGGGUAUUAUAUUGGCACAACUCAAAUGCUUAUACACUAUUGUGUAAUUAUACUUACAGUUUACAAAUACACUUACAUUUGAUGCUAAGG